AUGGUGAAGGAAGAUCGUUCAACAUGGAAAGCCAAAUAUACAAUGCGUUUAACGCAAUAUUUGGAUGAAUAUCCAAAAGUAUUUAUUGUUGGCGCUGAUAAUGUCGGUUCACGUCAAAUGCAAAAAAUUCGUGUAUCACUUCGUGGUCAUGCUGUUAUUAUGAUGGGAAAAAAUACGAUGAUGCGUAAAACAAUCCGUGGACAAACAUCAAAAAAUGCAAAUUUAGAAAAAAUAUUACCACAUGUUUAUGAAAAUGUUGGUUUCGUUUUUACUAAAGAAGAUUUAAGUUCAAUUCGCGAUAAACUUUUGGAAAAUAAGGUCGCUGCUCCAGCUCGUGCUGGUGCUAUUGCACCUGUUGAUGUCUCUAUACCAGCACAAGUAACAAAUUUAGGUCCAGAAAAAACAAGUUUUUUUCAAGCACUUCAAAUUCCAACAAAAAUUACACGUGGUACAAUUGAAAUUAUUAAUGAUGUUCAUUUAAUUAAAGUUGGUGAGAAAGUUGGCGCUAGUGAAGCAACAUUACUUAAUAUGUUGAAUGUUUCGCCAUUUAGUUAUGGUCUUAUUAUUCGUCAAGUUUAUGAUUCAGGUUCAUGUUUUGAACCAUCAAUACUUGAUAUAAAACCAGCUGAUUUACGUGCAAAAUUUUCUCAAGGUAUUCAACGAUUAGCAGCUUUUUCACUUGGUAUUAAUAUUCCAAAUCAAGUAUCAGCACCACAUCUUAUUCUUGGUGGAUUUAAACGUUUACUUGCAUUAGCUGCUGAAACUGAUGUUAAUUUUGAACAAGCUAAUACUUUAAAAGAAUUCUUGAAAGAUCCAUCGAAAUUUGCUGCUGCAACAACAACAGCAGCACCACCAACAAAUGCAUCAGCUAGCACAAGUAAACCAGCAGCUGCAGAAAAACCUGCAAAACCAGCUGAACCAGAAUCCGAUGAUGAUGAUAUGGGUGGUUUAGAUAUAUUUGGUUAA